AUGUAUGUUAACAAAGUUUUGGAAAUAAAUAUCAAUGAUAUUAUUCACGACAUUAAUGUAUUUUACAAAAACAAUAAAAUAAAUGAUUCCUCAGGCCAACUUGAAAUAAUAAAUACAAAAAAUUAUUUUUGUAAAAAAUCAAUAUCAAAAUAUGAUGGCACAUUUGUUAUACAUUUAGAAAAAGUUAUUUUGAUAUGCAUUCAACAACUGGAAAAAUGGAAUUUCUUCAAAUAUGAAAAUCCCUUAAUUGGCACCAAUAAAAUCGAUAAAUGCGUGUGUGUGCCCAAUUUAAACUUGAUAAUUUUGCAAAAAUCCAAUCAAAUAUUUGUAGAAGAAUUUCAAACAGUUUUUAUUAACAAUAAAAUAAAUGAGCUGAAGUUGCAAAGACGAAAUAGCAUAUCAGUUCCAUCCAUUUUCUUUUUUGUUUUCGAAAAUCGUCUGUAUAUUCUUGACAAAAAUUCCCAAUUAUGGCAAGUGAAUGUCAAAGAUUGUCUAAACCCCUCUCGUCAAAUGGAAAUUGUGAAAACCUUUGAACUUCCAAAAAAUAUUAAUGAAAUAUAUUUCAAAAUUGAAAAAAAAAAAAAUUUCAUUAUUUCAUAUGUAAAUGAAAAAGAGAAAUGUAUCUAUAUAAUUAUAUAUAAUAUAAAAACGAACAUUUCACAAAAAAAUAAAUUAUUUAUACCUGAUUAUAUAAAUUUUGAAAAAGGAAUAAAAAAUAUUACAUCAGUAUCUCUGAACCAAAACUAUUUUAUUAUAUUUUUUAAUUCAAAUGAAUUAUUCAUAUAUAGAAGAAAUGAAAAACAACAAAAUAAUAUGAAUAACAUACACACUGAAAUAACAAAAUCUCAAAAUAAUGACAGUUACAUAACUUGUAAUUUUCAUAAAUUUUUAGGAGAAAAACAAUGUAGUCAAAUAAAAUAUUUUAACAAUAAAAGUUUACAAGAAAUUGAAAAAUAUACACUAGAAUAUAUUAAUAAAAAAUCAAAAAUAUCAUCUAUAUCUAUAAAUGAUGAUAACAGUUUAUUCUUAAUUUAUAGUGCAAAUUUUUUAGAAAAAAAUACACAAAAUAAAUUAAAUAAUAAUAAAUAUACAUCUAUAUUUCAAAAAUUUACAGAUGAAAUAUACCAAUAUUAUCAAAAAUUCGAAAAUUAUUCUUUUUCAAAAAUGUAUGGUUCAGAUAAUAUAAAUUCUAGUAACUUAUUAUAUGAUAUAAGUCACAACUUAUACAAAAGAAAUAAUAUGCAUGCAACUUUAGUAAAUAUAGAUAAUAAUCCAAAAAAUAAUUUAAAUACAUUAUUAUAUAAAAAUUAUAUUUCAACAAAAAUAAAUCCAUUUGGAAAUGAUAUAACUAGCGAUAAUACACAUUUCAAUUAUGUUACACAUCUAUACCGUGAUACAAUAAAAAAAUUAACAAAAAAUUUUAAUAAUAUAAAUGAACAAAAGGAAUUAAAUGAUAAUGAAAAAAUUAAAGAACUUUUAAAAUAUAGUAGAUAUUUAAAUAUUCACGAAAUAAAUCAAAAUAAAAUAAAAGCAAUAAAUAAAGAAUUUUAUGAUGAUAAUAAAAUAGAAAAAGAAUUUUUAUAUAUGGGUUUUUUAAAAGAUUUAACAAACAAUAAAAAAUAUAAUUUUCCUUUAGAAUCUUAUAAUAAUAUAUAUUUGUGUAAAACUGAUCAAUAUUAUUUAAUUUUACAAAAUUCCGAACAAAAUUUUAAUUUAAUAUUAUAUAAAUUUAAAUUUCUAAAUAAACAAGAAUUAUUAUUACACCUUUUUUUUUAUAGUUAUUAUGAUGCAGUACUAAAAUCAGAAUUAUUUUUAUUCAAUAUACUUCAUCAAUUUUUUAUUUAUUCAAUUUAUGAUUAUAGUGGCCGAUAUUUGGAUUCUUCUUUCCUCGAUUAUCAGUGCCUUUUCAAAAUACGAAAUGUGUUCGAUUUCCUUGGACGGGCAGUUAUAUAUGAUCCGUUUCUAGUUCGAAAUAGCUCCGAGAAAAUUGAUAAAUUGUUAAGUUUAAAGGAUAAUGCAUAUAAUUCUGGCCCGUCGAUAUUAACAAAUAUGAACCAUGGAGAAGAAAAUAAUAAUUAUGAUUAUUUUUUUUAUACAUUUUCAAAAGAAGAUCAAAUAAAUUAUUCUUCUAAAUAUAUAAAUAAAUAUCACAUUAUUGAAAAAAUAAAAUUAACUCAAUCAGAUAUACACAUCGAUAUUGAUAUUCAAUUAAAUAAAUUAAAAAAUGUUUUAUUUAGUGCACUUAGAUUAAUAUAUUAUAUAUUAAAAGAAAAUGAAAAUUAUGAUGACAUUUCUGAUUGUUCAGAUAAAAAUGAACUAGAUGAGCAUUUAUUUAUAAACACUAUUAUACAAACUAAUUUGAAAAUCUCAAAACCUUAUAAAAACCAAAAUGAUGGUGAAGAUUCUGAUCAAAGUAGUGAACUUAGCCAAGUUAUCAAUUCUGAUAGAAGUUCUAGUUGGAGCGAUAAUGAUAAACAAGAAAAAGAAGAAAAUAAGAAAAAGGAAUAUUUAUUUGAUCUUGAUUACAAAGCGUUUGAAUCAACUAUUGAAAUAAUAAAAACAAAUGAAGAUAUGAAAAAUGUAUUGUUAAAAUAUAAAAUAGAAUUAUUAAGACAAAUAUAUAAAUAUAAAGUAUUUAAAUAUAUAAUAAAAUUGCUAAAACGGGAAAGGUAUCAUAAAAGUUGUUAUUAUAUAAAUAAAGAACAUAUAAAAAAUGGUAAACUAGCCAAAUGUGCUUCAACUAUUAUUAAUAACAAUAAAAAUAACUUCCCAGAUUUAUUAUCUAUGUUUAAAACGAAUGACAAAGGAAAUGAGCAAAAUGUUCGUGAAGAAAGCGUUUCGAAUUAUAGUCAUUCAUUUUCUGAACAUGAAUGCAAUUAUAAAAACGGGAAUUUUCAUGAUGUAAUAAAUUCUGAUAAAAAAAACACAAAUAUCUAUCUUAUUAACUGGACUAAAUUUAAAUAUGAUUAUACUCCAUUCGAUAUUGUCAAAUAUUUUUUAAUAAAUAAGAAUUAUAUUUUAACUAAAAUUUUUUAUAAAUAUUUUAAAUCUUAUAUAGAUAAUAAUUGGCAACAUAUUUUUUAUUAUAUUCCACUAAAUACUAAAAUUGAGGAUUUUUUUUUUCUUUUACCUCGUAUUAAAAAAGUAAAUAUAUUAUCAAACAAAUCGAAUACUUUUGAAAAUGUUUUACCUCAAAUAAAUACAUCACAAAAACAUUUAAAUAAAAACCCAGAACCAUAUAAUGAAGAAAAUCACGAAAAUUCUAAGAUGUCAUAUAAUGAAGAAAUAUUAAAAUCGCAAAACAGCAAAAAAGACAAACAUAAUGCUACAUUCAAAUACAAGCCUUUACCAUUUGAGGAAAAAGAAUAUGAUAUAAAUGUGGAGCCAAAAAAUAUGUAUGAAAUAUAUUGCUCAGAAAAUGAAUUUUUUGAAUUUUUUAUAAUUCGAUGCAUAAAAAUAAUAACAGAAACACAUUUAAUUCGAAGUAGAUUACUAAUGUUUGUUUAUAUUUCAAUUAAAAUAAUUAAUCAAAAUAAUAUAUAUAAAAUAUUUAAUUAUGAUAAAAAAAUAAAAAAAUACACAUAUAAUUCUAAUUAUUUUGACAGAUAUAUCAACAAAUCGAAUAAUAAACAAAAUGAAAAAAACACAUUGUCAACAAGUCUACAUGAUGGAAAAGAAGAUAUUAUAGGUAAUGAUAUUACAAUAUCUAAUCCGAUAAAUAAUAUAAGCAAUAAUUGUAUAAACACACAACCAUGUAAUUCAUACAAUACAUCCAUGAGUCUUCAAAAUGACAACAUUAAUAAUAAUGAAAAGUUUGUUUUACAAAAUAAACAAUGUUGGAAUGAUUCAAAUUUAUGUGAUGGAAAUUUUAUAAAAAAUAAAUUACAAAUAUAUUUAAAAAAAGAUAAUAUUAAAAAUAAAAAUGUAAUAUUAAUAUAUAGUCUUUUUAUUCUAAUUAAAAUGUAUUUACAAUCUAAAGAAAAUCAUAAAAAUAUAAAAUUUGAAGAAUUUAUGUUAAUGGAUAUAUAUAAAAAGUUAUGUCUAACUAUAGAUUUUGAUAAAAAAUAUAUUUCCUAUGAAUAUGAUCAAGAAAAUGGCAACAUAAGUUUAUUUUAUAACAAAAUAAUAGAUGUACUAUCUAAUUAUAAAUAUAUCAAUGCAUAUAUAAUGGAAUCGAAAAAUUCUUAUUAUUCAAUUUUUGAAGCCAAUAUAAUUGAAUUAUAUUUUAAAAAUCCAACAAAUAUCUUAGAAUCUAUUUAUUUUAAUAUAUUAUACACUUCAGAACAACUUUAUGUUAUUUUUUGUUUAACAACAUUAAAACAAUUACAAUUAAAAUAUUUUACUCGAUAUAUUGUUCAUAUUGAUAAUAAAAAUCGUAUAUUUCCACAAAUCCCUUUGAAAAAAUUUGAAAAUAUUUCAAGAAAUAAUCUAAAUUAUAACAAACAAAAAAAUAAAAAAAAUGCUAAAAUUGAUGAAAUUUAUAUAUUUUUAAAAUAUAUAUACUAUGCUUAUAAACACAAAAUAAUGUUAAAUGAUAAUUAUCAGUUUUGUUAUUUAUUUUUAAUCAUUUUUUAUAAAUAUAUUAAAAUUAAUUUGAUUCAUUUUAUUUCAAUAUUUAACGAUUUUUACAAUAUUUUUCCAAAAAAUGUAACAAUCAAAUCACAACCAUAUUCUUCAAAUACACAUUUAGAUAAAUCAUAUAAUAACAAAACAGAAUCGAAUUUUUACAAUUUUAAAGAAAAUAUAUAUAUUACUUCUUCCCCUUUUGAAUCAAACCAAAUCGAACACACUACUACUUCCACACACUUUAAUAUUAAUUCAAUUUUCAAACAAAAUGAAAAUAAUCAAAAAAAUGUGAUAAUACAUAAUGAACACUUAGAAUAUAUAAUAAACUGCUAUCAUGAUCAAAUUGAAAAGGAAUAUAAAAAUGAUGAAAAUAAAGAAAAGGAUAAUAGGCAUGUGCCAAAUUGUGAACUCGUUGAAAAAUACUUAGACAUAUUUGAAAAACAUCUAAACGCUUUAGAAACAAUAAAAUUUUUAAACAAAGAAAUAAAUAAUGAAGAAAAUAAAUUAAAUAUAAACAUCAAUAUCAUUAUUAAUUCAAAAAAUAAUAUGAAAAAAAGUAUAUUAAACAUAUUUAAAAUAUUUAAAUAUAUAAUAUUAUAUACUAAUUAUAAAGAUGAUAAUUUUACAAAAAAUUGUUUACAAGUAUAUUAUAAUCUAUUUAAUUCUCUGCAUAUUCAUAUUUUUUUUUUUAUUCUAUUUUAUAUCAUAUUAUUUUAUUCAAACGAUUUCAGAUAUUUAUAUUCAUUUAUCAAAUAUUAUGAAGAAAAUUAUCCUAAUUUAAAAAAUGUUUUCAAUUAUUCGAACAUUAUAAGUUAUUUAAUAUUAAGUAAAGCCAAAACUAUAACUAUAUAUGAUAAUUUUUAUGAUUUUUAUAAUUUUUUGAAAAAAGUUACAUCACACACAGAUAUGUUUAAUCAUAUUGAUAAAAUUAAAGAAAUAGUUUUAUGCUUAAAAACUAUGUUAUAUAUACAAAAACUUUUAAAUCAAACUAAUAAACAUAAAGAAAAUUAUACAAACUUUUCUAAAUAUAUAAACAAAACAAAUGCCCAAACAAAAUAUAAUGAAAAUAUAUAUCAUUCGUUUUCAAAGUUAAUUGUAGAUCCAUAUGAAAUAUCAGAUAUUCCAAAAAAUUUUAAUUCUUUAAAUAAUAUUGAAAAUGUCAAAAUUGAUUAUAAAAACAUUAAUAUUAACAAUACUGCGAAAUAUAUUAUUUAUGAUAACUAUAUAAGUAUACAGACAGAAGGAAAUAAAUUUAAAAUAUUUAAAAAUGUUAUUGAAUAUAAUUUAGAUAUAUCUUAUAAUUACAAAAAAGUAAUUAAGUUAAUAAAAUUUUUGCAAAUUAAAAAAUCUGAGCAACUUUUGGAUUCUAUUUUAUUUGUUGUAAGUAUUAUAAUUUCACAAAUAGAAUAUGAAAAUAAUGAAAUUCCAAAAAAAAAAUUUAAAACUGAUUUCAAGACAAAUAAUAUUAAAAAUGAAUCUAUAGUUACCUUUUAUUUGAUUCUAUUUAUGAUAUUUUCUAAAAAUCAUAAAUUAAAAAAAUAUAAAACAUUUAUUCAAAAUGUUAUCAAAUAUUAUACAAUACUUAUUCCAAAUCAUCCUCAAUAUUUAUAUAACUUAUCUCUUUUUUUUUCAUCCUAUUUAUGCUUAGAUUAUACAUUUUUCUUAAAUAAUAUAUACAAAUAUAUUUUGAAAAAAAAUAAAUUUGCAGCUAUUCUUAACCAUACAAAUAUAACAAUAAAUGAUUCAAAUACCACUUUUUGUAAUUUUACAACAAUUCAUGAUUUAUUUCAAGAAACGUCAUUUAAAAAAAAUAAAAACUUUUCAUUUUCCCCUCAAAAUUACAAAAGCCCUGAUACACCUAUUUAUAUCACUUCUAAUUUUUCAGAAAAAAUAAAAAGUGAUCAAUCAAAUUUUGCUGAUAAUGAGAUUGGUGAAAAGGAUGAAAUGCAAAUAAGUGAAAAUGAAAAAACAGAAGAAAUCAACAUUUCUUUUUUUGAAUCUACAUUUUUAGAUAAUAUAAUAAAUGAAGGCGUAUAUAAACAUGAUGAUAUAUCUAGCGAUUUUGAAAAAACGGAAAAAAAAAAAACUCAAUCUGUUUCAAGCUUAUUCUUGCGUAAUGAAAUUGACACUAAAAAAAAAACAAUUUUUAAUUCAGAAUAUAUGAACAAUUCAGAUAUGGAAGAGGAUGACCAAGAUAUAACAAGUACUGAUGAUACAUCACAAGAAAACGAAUCUGACAAAAUUAAAUGCAAACAAGAUAGUGACAAUGAAAACAGUUUGAAUCAUUUAAAAAUUAACUGUUACAAAAAAACAAUAAAUAUGCAUAAUUUUGAAAAAAAUUAUGUAGAUACACAAAAUGACCAAACCAUUAAUAAAUUUAAAACCGAACAAAUUGAUUAUCUAAGCAAAAGUGAAGUAAACUAUUCUGUAGAAAAUAAAACAUAUAAAAAUUUGUUUAUUAAUAAUAUUUUUGUAAAUCACAUAAAAAAAGCUUAUUCAAAAAUAAGCAAAUCUAAUAUUUCAAAAUGGAAAACAAAUUAUAUAAUUCAAACUGUUAAUAAUAUUAAACACAUUUUAAAAAACACAAAAGUGGAAAGUAUGAAUAAAAAUUAUGACGAAACAUUUGCUGAAGAAUUUCAUUUUUAUAUAGAUAAAGACAAAAAACAAAAUUAUAAAAUUAAUCAAAAAAGUUAUUUUUAUAAAUCUUUGUUUCAUAAUAAUUUAGAUGUUGCUUUUCUUUAUUUACUUCAAGCCCAAGAUCAUAUAUUUAUUUACAAUUUUUUUAAACAUAUUUUGCAAAAUAAUAACAUUUUAAUAGUUAAAAAAAUUUCUAUUAUAGAUGCAUUUAUUCGUAGUGUUUAUCGAAUAGGAAAAAGUAACGAAAUAAAUGUAUUUUUGAAAAAGUUGUUAAUUUCAAUUUCCAUUAUUCGAUAUUUAUUAUUCCAUUUGUAUAUAAACAAAAUAAAUAAAAUUGAUAUUAAAAAAUUAUAUUUUGAAGACACUUUUAAAAAAAAUAUUGUUAAAAGUUUAUAUAAAAAUAAAAGUGAACAUAUUCUAGAAGUGAUAAUAAAAAUUGUAGACAUGUUUAAAGUUAAUUUAGAACACAUUAAAUAUAAAUUCUUUAUACAAAAUAAAUAUAUAAUUUGCAAAAUAUAUAAUGAAGUGUCGUCUUUAUUAAAUAACCAAUUGACUUCUUAUUCUCAAAAAAAUAAAAUAAAUCAUAAAGAUACAAAUAAUUCAUAUAUUUACAAAAAUUUUCAUAUUAUAACUAACAAAUUUCAAUAUAUAUUUGAGAUAGAAGUAGAAAAAGAAAUAAUGCAUGAAAUACAAAAACAAACAUCAAAUAAUUUUUUACUUUUAUAUAUUUUAAAAAACUUUCAACGUUUAAGUUACAAUGUUGAUUUUAUUUUUAAAAUAUUAUUUUAUAUAUAUCAAAUAUGUUUAUAUUAUAUAUGCCCAGCAAUAUAUUUUAUUAUAUUGUCUUCUUUUCAUAUUAGCUUUGAUAAAUCUUUAUCUUAUAUACAUCAACAUCUUUCCAAUUUUCCAAAAAAUAAAUUAAUAUCUGUAAUGGUCAACAUUAGAACAGUUUUUUUUUAUUUUAAAAAUAAUCUAAAUCAUAAUAUUGUCUUAAAUAAUAGUUUAACUCAAAUAGAUUCUGAUCAAAAUAAACAAAAUAUAUUCUCCAUUAUAUAUCCUGAAAUGACAUCUAAAAUAGAACCCACAACACAAGACCAGUUCAACAAUAAUAUGAAUCUGUUAUGUCUUUGGAACCUUUUAUCAAAUUUCGACUCUGAAAUAAAUAAAACAGAUUUAAAUUCCCCAUCCCAGUGUUUCACAUUUUCACUUAAGCAAACAAAAUUAAAAAAAAAUAGUAAAAAUAAUUUUGAUAUUUCAAAACUUAAAUGUAUAAAAAACAAAACAAGCCAAAAUUAUUUUAAUUUUUUAUUAAACAAAACUAAUAUUUCACCUUAUUUAUAUGAUUUAAAUUUUUUAUUAGAAUAUUUGAGAAUUUAUUUUUAUCCAUAUAUUUUUCUAAACUUACCAGAUUAUGAUAAAAUAAAAAAUAUUAUUGAUAUAUAUGAAAAAGGGUAUUUGAAAUAUUAUAUAUUCCAAUUAACUUUAGAAGAAAAUGAACUAAACCCUAAACUAUGUAAACAAUAUAAUAUUUAUUCUAUGCUAACUACUAAUGAUAUAUAUAAAUAUUUUUAUUCAAAUAAAAAAUACAUUAAAAUAUUUAUAGAUUUUUUUAUCUAUUAUAAUAUUAUAUUUAAAUUUAACCAAACACAUAACGAAAAAUGUCAACAAUUUUUUGAAAAUAUUUUAUUUCAAGAUUUUGAAUUUGUUCGAAAUCGUAUAAAAUUGAGAUAUUCAAAAUGGAUGUUUUUAAAAAAAUAUAAAUUAAAUAAAUUUUUUAUUUUUUAUAAUUUUUUAUACAAUUAUAAUAUAUAUAACCAAAAUUCUUUUUACAAAUUAAUUGUAGACAAUAUAUUUGAAAUCGAUAUUCUAUUAUUAAUCUUAUUUUGUAUUAAAAAUAAUGUUAAAAUAGUUAAAUAUAUUCUUUUUAAAAUUAUUAUUAUUAUCUUUUUUAAAAAUAUAAAAAUAAAUGAAUUGUCUUUACAAAAUAUUAUUUCAUUUAUUUCUUUGAAUGCAGAAUAUCAUCAACAAAACUGUAAUCACAACUUUGACAAAUUCCCGAAUCUAUUUAGUGUAAUUCUAAGUAAUGAAAAGGGAAAAGAUGCAGAAAAUAAAUACUAUGAAACUAACUUAAUACAAAAUUUCCAUUCCAAAUUAUUCAAUAAAGACAUAUACAUAGAUCAGACAAUGUGUAACAUAAGUGAUACAAAAAAUGAAAAAUGCAAUCUAAAAAAUAACAGUUCCAAUGAAUUAAUUGAUAUCGAUUUUGAUGAAAAUGAUAGAUAUUUUUCUGGAAAUAUGAUAAGUGAUAUUUUGAAUAAAAUGGAACAGAAAUUAAUUACAAAUAUGUCGAAAGUGACAGAAGAAAAUAAUUUAUUUUAUGCAAAUUCGAGCGAAAUAAAACCUCAAUUUAAUCAAGAACAAAUAAACAGUUUUAUGGAAAAAAACAAAAACAGUCAAAUAGAAGACACACGAAUUAACACAAAAAUAGUAACAAACUUUUGUCUAAAAUACAUAAAUAUAAAAUAUAUAAUUAAAAAAUGGAUAAAAAAUGAAUUAAAAAGCAUAUUAUUUAUAUCACUUCAUCAAGAAAGUAAUGUUAAAAAUUUGUUAGAAAAAUCUAAAAAUUUAUAUUUUGCAUUAUCUAAAAUGAAUGGAAAAAAUGUGUUUUAUUAUUUAAAAGAAAUGAUACGUUUAAUUUUGCAAACAAAUCGAAAUAAUUCAACUAAACAAAUAUACCAAGGAAGAAUAUACCAGUUUUAUCAUUUUUUUAUAAUUAUACAAGCUAUAAACUAUCUAAAGAUACAUGUAGAAAUAAAAAACAAUAAUAAAAAUGAAAAGACAUCAUAUAUUAUUAAAAAUGACGAAAAAUCAAAUAAUGAUACUCAAAAAAAAUACGCAAAUCAAAUAGAAAGUGAAAUAAACAAUUUAGACAAUAAUAUUGAUGAUAAAACAAUGAUAAUAAAAAGUUUAUUUUUUAUACUUUUAAUAAAAAUUGUAAAUAUUUAUUUGCCAACUCUUAACAAACUAUUCUUUAUUCGUGAAGAAAAUUAUUUAUAUUAUGAUAAAAAAAAAAAUAUAAUAUUAAAAUAUGAUAUAAAAAAUUUUAUUUUUAUUUUAUUUAAUUUUAUUCAAACAACUUAUUCUAAAGGAUAUGAAUUCAUUUAUAUCAGUUUAUUAUUUUUAAUAGAAUAUUGUAUAAGUUUAAUGACAAAAAAUGAAGAAAUAGAAAAAAAUCCAACAUUUUCAUAUAUCUUUAUUUAUAAAAAGGUCCAAAAUAUUGUAAAUAAAUAUACACAAAAUUAUAUUUUAAAAAAUACACAUCAAUAUGAUGAUACAUUUAAAGAUCCCUUAGAUUUUAUUGAUAAUAAAAUUUAUUUAAAAAUCAAAAAUGAACUAAGCAAAAUAUAUUUAAAAAUUCUAUCAAAUUGUGAAAAAUAUAUGUUACUUAUUUGUAAAAUAAUUAUAGGAAAUAGAAUAAACAUACAUGAUGAAAAUAUUUUAUUAAAAAAUUCAAACAUAGAUUUACUUUAUUUUUUCACUUGUAAUUAUUGUCAUAUAAAAAAAAAUAAACAAAAUAUUUUAUCGCCAAAAGAUAACAUAAAAAAACAAAAAAUAAAAUUUUUUCAAAAUCAAUCCGAAAAUCGAAGCACAAGUCAAAAUACAAAUCAAAUUGACAUUUUUAAUAAAAAUAUUUAUAAGUUUAUUAAAAUCCUUUUAGUUAUAAUUAAUUAUAAUAUUAUCCCUUUUAAAAAUUGGGAAUAUUAUGAUACAAUAAAACAAAUAAUUGCAGAUAAAGAAUGGUAUAAAAUAUUUGAGUUACAAACAAAUAAUAAAAAAUAUAGUUCGAUUUCAUUUCUUUGUUUAAAAAAUUAUAAAUCUAACCAUCCUCAAUUAUAUUUAGAAGAAUUUAAUAGUUUAUCGUCUUAUGAAACUACUUCAAAUAAUUUUGAUAAAACUUUAGAAUUUUUUUUUCAACCAAAAAAUAUUUUAUUUAAUAAUUUGAAAAAUGAUAAUCUUAAAUAUGAUGAUUCUGAUUCGAAUUUCCUUUCCAAUGAGUAUAAAAAAGAAACUUUAUCAAUUACUUCUAAUCUACAAUAUAACAUAAAUAAUGUAGAAUCAAAACCAACACAUAAACAAUCCACAAACCAACUUCCACAACAAAAUAAAGAUGAUGAAAGUGAGUUCGAAUUUAACGAUUCUUUGACAACAGAUGCAAUCUUAAAUAAAUAUGGAAAAGGGUUUUUGUUAUCUUAUUUGAAUACACUAAAUACAAAUGAAAAAUCUCAAAAACAUUUUAAAAAUAUCUAUAAAAAAUCGAAAAUGAUAAAUUUACUAAAAUAUUCUUUACACAUAUUAGAUUAUUGGAGCAUUGAUAUCGCAGAUAGUGAUUCACAAUAUGAUGAAAAAAACAAAAAAGAAAAACGAGAACAAAAGCAAAAAGAAAACCACAAAAAAGGCAACAAAAUUAACAACCAUAUAAAUCAAAGUAACUUAUUUAGAAAAAAUACCGAAUUAAAAGCAGAAGGAAAAGAAGAAAGCUUACAAUUGUUAAUUUUUUUUGCUAAUUAUUUUCAUUUUUUUCAAAAUUAUUUACAAUAUAAAAUACUUUUAAAAAUGCAUAUAAAUAACAAUUUAUCAGAAGUAAAUGAAUUAUUUUUUAACAAAGGUCGAAUGUGGAGUUGGUAUUUUAACGAAACGAAAAUAAAAAAUAUGAUUAAAGAUUGUUUAAUUAAGAAUAUAUAUUAUACCGAUUUAUUUAAUUCUAAAACAAAUGAUGAAUUUUUAAAAUUAAUAAAUAAAAUGAGUUCUAAAUAUACAUAUAUUUCAAAACAAUCUUUUCAAAUAUCAGAAAAAGAAUCACUUUUAAAAGAUAAUAACAAUUUAUUAGAUCAAACUUAUGAUUGUUUUUAUUUGAAAAAUUAUCAUUUUAAUAAAUUUAACAAACACUUUAUCAGAAGUUUACAAAUCCAAUAUUAUUUAUUCGCAAAGUAUACUGGAGCGAAUAUUAACAUGCCCCAAAACAAUCAAAAUUUUAGCAAAAUUAAAAACGAUUUUAACGCAAAACAUAACGAUUUCCCUAUGUUUUUACUUAACAUAUUAGAUAUAUGCAAAAAUACAACUGAUGUUUAUGAUUUUUACUAUCAACUUAUUAUCCAUAAAUUAAAAGACGAUGAUAAACUAAACCUUAAAAAAAUACAAAACUAUUGGAAUAAUUUACAAAUAUAUUUUAAAAAUAAAAUUAACAAUUAUGAUUUAUAUUUGAUGCUUUUUUAUUAUCAAUAUUUUACUUUUCAAUCUAUUCAAAACUCUAAUCCAUCUAUUUCAUAUUUGCCAAAAAAUGAACAAAAAUUUAUCUUAUAUAUGUGGAUCCAUUCUACUCAAGAUUUAGAAAAAAAAUACAGGGAAUCAUAA